AUGCCUGACACUAUUAUCCUUACCUUUUCAGAAACUUUUGCCCAUGUGAGUAAUAAGGAAAGCAAAUGUCAAAGAGUGUGUGAUUUGCUGAAUGCACUCGUCACACCAAAGGAGAUUUCAAGAAUAGUUGGAGUGUCCAUAAAGACUGUUUAUAAUGUAAAGAAUAGAAUGGCUAUGAGCAAAACCAUUACGAGGAAGUCUGGAAGUGGAGGAAUCAACAAAAAACGCACCAAAGCUUUUAUUAAAGCUCUCAAAUCCAAAGUCCUAAAGGAUCCAACCAAAUCCAUGAGAAAGAUGGCAAUUGAACUUGAGGUAGACAACAAGACCAUUAGAAAUGCAGUAAAAUAUGAUUUGAGGUUAAAAUCUUACACAAGAACACCAAAACACUUGUUGACAACAGCUAUGAAGGAAAAGAGAUUGGAAAGGUGCAAUAAAAUUAGUACAUGGUUCAAGAAAAAAUCCUCCAUUGUAACGCUCUUUUCAGAUGAAAAGAUCUUCACUGUUGAUGCUGUUCUGAACCACAGAAAUGACAGAUUUAUUGCAAAAUCAACAGAUGAGGUUAAGGGGACAUUCAAAACAAAACAUUCUGCUCAGGUUAUGGCUUUUGGAGUUGUGGCUUCCGAUGGAAAGAAAAUGCCUAUAAAAUUCUACAAAGCUGAUGAAAAGAUCAAUGUUAAUACUUACUACAAGACUCUGAGAUACCAGGUAUUGCUAUGGCUUAAAGCAAACUACCCAGAUGGUAAUUAUGUAUGGACACAGGAUGGUGCUCCAGCCCACACAGCUAGAAAAAUACAAGAUUUCUGCAAAUCCAACUUGAGCAAUUUUUUGGAAUCAUGUUUAUGGCCGCCUUCUUGCCCAGAUCUAAACACUCUAGAUUAUGCUAUUUGGGGCGUUUUAGAACAUGCUACUAAUAGAAUAUCACACAGCAAUGUCGACUCUCUUAAUGAUACUAUUAAAGAAAAAUGGGAGAAGUUGUCUCCCGAAUAUUUGAGGAACACUUGCGCAAGUUUCAGGAAGCGUGUGAAGGCAGUUAUUGAGAAAGAAGGAGGACACAUGGAAUAA